CUAAGAAGAGAGCAUCAUGCCUAAAGUCAAGUACCUAUUCUGAAUAAUAUGACGCAGAUUGGUUAGCGACACAGCCACAAUUAUGUGGCGUUCCUAGUCGAGCAUGUUGAGAAAUCGUAAACUCAUGAAAUCGAUUUGCGCAUCGUGCUUCAUCAUGCUUGAUUCCAACUUCCCUGGCGCACUCCCUCGCAACUAGGCAACGAACGAACGGCACCAAGUCACCCAGAAACUCUCAUCUCCGAAGAAAGUAUCAUAUCCCACCUCAACAUGAUAGUAUCCCGUCGAAAUCUUGCAUCAUGACAACGGCACAAGUCUUGUCAGGUAUCAAACUCCUGCGAUCGACACCCUCCCCCAGCUACCGACUUUACUCAUCAACCCCACGAAUAUCUCACCAAAAUACAAAAGACCGCCCUCAAAAGACUCCUAGCAGGCCAGGGCAGUCACCGAAUCGAGACGGAACGAAAGGACGGCCUAAAUCGCCCCGGAUCUACAUCCCACCAGCAAACGACCAUGUAUCACCAUCUGGAAGACUGCUCACCACACCAGAAGUCUGGUCAUUUCUUCAAGAAACAGGCAUCGAGUACGACAACUCUAAGGCUACACGUCUGCAUCUGGGGCCUGACGAACAAAAAGUGAAAGUAUUAUUCAACUGCCUUGUUCAAUACUCGCCUCGAUACAUCAUACACCCCUACCAUCUGCAACAUUUAAGGCCUGGAAUAGCACCAAUGCUACCCAUAAUCAUGAGCAAUUACCGACGCAAGCUGGCAGAGGAGCCUCUCUGGACAUACACAAUAUGCAGGGGAGGGGGCAGUACCGUGGUGCGAAACCUGAUGGCCAAAAGACUGACAGGCGCAUUCUGGAGAGCCUUGAAAGAUCUCGGAUAUUCGAUGGAUGGCCCGCGGGGAACGCUUUUGGUGACGAUCCACGAUCCUUUGAAAGUCGCCCAAGCCCCAGCUCAUAUUUUUGGCGAGGCUGUUGCGAAGCAAGUGAAGCAAACCUGGGAAGAAAAAUACAUGUUGCAAAAGAGACAUGAAUAGCUGGGCAUACUUGAAAGCCAAGACUGGAUAUAUCGGCACGAACUAUGGUGCAUUCUGCGCAACAUUAGUGUUUCGGAAAUUGGUGGCAUCCUCGGAAGGGAUGUGAGGGAGUAUCAUUGAUAGGGUUUUGGUUGUGGAAUUUGCGGGAUCCUUUGUCUGCAUAGAGCCAACCUAUCGGUAGACCCGAGGACUGGAUCAGAUUUGCGUGGGCUAGUAAGUCAUGUGUGUACUUGAUGCUAUGAUACCAAUGUUUUCACCAAUAAACUGUAUAUUACUAUUCAGCCAUGUUAAGUUGAGCAUUAGUCAAUAUGUAAAGUAGUGAGCCUUAAGAUGAGACAUA